AUGGCUCAAGGUAAACUCAAGUUGAAGGCAAAGGCUCCGGCUAGAGUCACCAAAAAGCAGCAGAACCCCAAGAACUACGCACCUAAGAUCGUCAAGCCUAAGAAACAAAAGAUUAUCGAGUCUGAAAAGUUAGCCAAAGUUCAUAAGGCGCAGUUGGCCAAUUCCACCGAGAAGUUGAUUGCAUCGAGAGUUGGUCAUUUGGAAUUGAUUAAGGGGUCCAGAAGACAAAUUGAAAAGGCUGAAAAGGAGAAGGCUAAGAAGCAAGCAAAGAAGUGA